UGCCGCCUAUGGGGCACGCUGUCGGAUACACCGGUCCUUGCUGCCGUACAUGCGAUUUUUGAUGGGAAAUGAGGUUGGAAGACAACCCGGGGCAUCUGCUGGAGAGGAGAGAAUCUUGCCUCGCCUUCUUCGCCGAAGCGGCGGGAUUCUCGCUAGCGGCGGCGGGGUGGGCUGUGAUGGCGACAACAACGAGCACAAGACGUUUCGACAGCUCUACAUGCUGCAGGGUCGGAUCGGCACCGGCAGUCACUCCCAAGUUUUUCGGGCCGUGGAGCGGGCCACCGGGCGAGAGGUGGCGGUUAAGGCCGUCAACACCGACACCGGGGGUUGGCUGGACAGGGACCGGCGCCACCUCGCCUUCCUGCGGGAGGAGAUCUCGGUCCACCAGGAGGUUUCGGGGCACCCCUUCGUGGUGGACCUGUUGGGGGUUUUCGAAGACCCGGAGGCGUGUUACAUCGUGGAGGAGCUCGCCCACGGGGGCAGCUUGCUCGACCACUUGCACUCGCGCGCGAGCAUGGGGACGGAGGGAGAGGUGCGGUUACUUCUCAGGAGGUUGCUGGAGGCGUGCGGCUUUCUCCACCGCAGACGAAUCGUACAUCGAGACAUCAAGCUCGUCGUAGAGGGGAAGGCGUCAUUGUUGGCGGAGCCGGAGAAUAUCCUCGUCAUGGACAACGGGGUCAUGCACUCCGGCAAGCUCGCGGACUUCGGGUUCGCCCUCAGGCUGGACCCCUCCCCCCCACCGAUGAUCGCCGUCGGCACCCCCGAGUACAUCGCGCCGGAGGUCCUCCUCCAGCAGCCGUUCGACGGCCGGGCGGACGUCUGGUCGGCCGGGGUCACCGCCUUCUGCCUCCUGUCCGGCGCCCUCCCCUUCCGGGGCCUUACCCUCGACAAGCUCUACACGGCGGUGCUGGACGGCGCCUGCUCGUACGCGGGGUCCGAGUGGCGCGGGGUCUCCGCUCCCGCCCAGGACUUGGUCCGGAGGAUGCUGGUGGUGGAUCCCGCGCAGAGGUGGACCGCGGGGGAGUUGCUGGAACACCCGUGGCUGACGGGGACGGAGGGGAUGAUGGUCACCACGCUCGGGUUGGGGCGGCGAGGGAGGGUCAGGUUGAAGGCCCUGGUGCUGGCCGUGGUGUUCGUUCAGAGGCUGCGGAGGGGACUCGGGAGACCUUGGCCGUCGCAGCAGGAGUUGGGCGGCCCGUGA